AUGUCCCUAUUUUCAAGUGCUGUGCUUGUCCUCGCGAUCGCUAUCUCCUCUACAGUGGGGUUCACCCCCUUCGGACAAACUUUCCAAGUUGAAGUUGGGGCGAACGGAAACCUGACAUUCAAUCCUGAGACAAUAACCGCUAAUGUUGGUGACACCGUGAUUUAUAAUUUCCAUCCGAAGAACCAUUCCGUUACACAGUCAAGCUUCGGGGAUCCAUGUCAUCCUCUUGCAGGCGGAUUCUUCUCUGGAUUUGUACCCACGGACAAUCUCACAGCUGCAUCUCCUACAACUUUUACAAUCACAAUUAAUGACACCAAACCGAUAUGGGUUUACUGUGCUCAGACUAAAGGCGACCAUUGCCAGGCGGGCAUGGUUCACGCGAUCAAUGCUCCCCCGACUGGCAACACUUUUGAUGCCUAUAAAGCCAAAGCUCUGACUGCCUCCAAACCAAGUUCUUCUCCCCCAGAUGGUCUUCCCGUCGGUGGUUUGCGCAAGACAAGCGUAAUCGUUGGCGUAAAUGGCUUGCUGCAAUAUUCCCCGAACAAUAUCACAUCACUAGUAGGAGAAGUGAUUGAAUUCAAUUUCAAUCCGGCUAACCACUCAGUCGUCCAAAGUAAUUUUGGGGAUCCUUGUCAUCCACUGUCAACGGGAGGAUUUUCCAGCGGUUUUGUUCCUACGGCAGUCUCUCCUUCAGGAGCCACUUUCCAAGUCGUUGUAAAUGAUACUAAACCAAUCUGGUUCUAUUGUGCGCAAACAAAGAAGACUCAUUGUCAAGCAGGGAUGGUGGGCUCGAUAAACGCUCCAACCUCGGGCCCCAACACUCUUGAAGCAUUCAUUGGGCUCGCGGCCAAAGCUUCUGAUAGCACCAUUCCAACAGUUGCUCCUCUUGGUGGCAUUCUGACUGUCAAUGGAACUGUCGUCACUACCGACAAUGGUGAUGUUCUUGACAGCAGUAAAACCAGUUCGGCCAACUCAUCCAUUUCAACCGUUCCUCCGCCAGGAACAUCCAUUCCACCUGAUGUUGCAAACAUGGCUGGAGGAUAUCAGCCAUCAAGUUAUAACUGGGCAAACAGCAUCUCGGACCAAGCUACAAGUUAUUUGCAACUCAUGCUUUACCUCGACAAUAUCUUGCUGGAAGUUCUUGUAAACGGUCACAACAACCUCACCUCAGGCGGGUGGUCCCAUGUUUACCCAGACUCUAUCACAGGUACAAUUGGCGGCAUGACUGCCCAAGCCUUGGUCCACCGUUCCACGUCCUCGGACUCUCUCUCACACUACAAUAAACCAGUUGCUGGAUUGUGUAGCUACAACUUCCCUAUCGCAAACGUUGAUGAUUUCGUCCAUGUUGCUCUCACGCUCAUCCUUCUUGAAAUCGGCCUCCUUCUGGAUGUCGUGGCCACAGUCGUACUUUCUGACCCCUGGCUAAUCGCCCCUCUUGCCUCAACUCUCGGCUCAAAGUCUCGAAUGGCUGGUAUGGUGAACAUGAUGCAAGACCACAUGGCGGCUGCUGCACCUAGAGAAGCAUGGAUACCAGCAACUCUCGUCUAUUCCUAUGCCAUGAACCAUUAUGUGGUCCCAAAGUCGUGCCCCGGAUCAGCCGGAGAUCUGGGGGGUUACACCGCGCUUCCGCCGCUUACUCUAACCAACCCCCCUGUCACUGGCACACAACGGGUUACGAGCGUCACGGUGUCCUUUGAUGCCUCGAUCAAAGGAAGUCUGUUCAUUGCUUGGCUUGGGGCUUGGGGAAGUGUGGAGUAUACGCCUGUUGUUUCGACUGCGGCGGGUCAAGGAACUGCGAGUGUGCCUGCGGACUUGUCCGGGCAUGUUUGGGGUGUUUUAACUAGUGCACAAGGAGGAUCUGUUGGAGACUUAAUGAAGGUGGCGGUUGCCGGGCCGGACAUGGUUUGGGUGACAAACCCGUAAAGAGAGGGGUUGAACAAUUAUAUGGCGUUCGGAUCCAGGGCUGCGGAAAUCCCUAUUAUAUAUAACCUUAACAUAGUGCAAGCGAAUUCGAUUACCUCUCUACCUGCU